UCUCAGCCAUGUCUAUGGUCUCAGCACGCAACACUCACGCUAUUGGUCAGAAUCUCCCGGGCUUCGGGAGGAAGUUCUCCGCAUGUUGGCAAUCAUCCUGGUACGGGAUUUAAACGCCCAGCGCUGCCGUGGAGGUACUUGGAGCUGCGUGACGUCUGUGAGCUUUGAUAGUCUGUUAUCGGAGGAUCUGAACGGCAUUUAGCUGCUGGCCUGGCUCAAUAAAUCCCUACGUACCUGCUUCACUAAGGUGGACCCGAAGUGCACAGGUAGUUCCUGUGGAGGCGUUACUGAGAAGGGAUGUUCCUGCCUGUCUGAAGUUCCUGCAGUCCUUCAAGGCCUUCUUUGAUAGGCAAACCGCGGGCAGGACGUACAACGCUCUGAAGGGCAGGAAAGGACGCAGCAUAGGGCCUGUUGCCCCAGAAGAAACUACAACUGUGACAACGGACGUCAAAGCACUGGACCAACCAAAGGCACUGACGAAGAGGCUGGGGAAAAACGACUGACAAAGUGCAUGGCCUACCAAAGACAACGAAGAAGGUCUCUUGAAAAACCAUGAAGAUGUCUGAGAGAACAAAGAAGGCGUCUUCUAUCACGAAGAAGUUGUCAGUGAACGGCGAGAAGGCGUUGGAGGAAUAUUCGGGAGAAGCGCCGGGCAGACUUAAGAGACGGAGGAGGAGGACGAUGGUGAAAACAAAGAGCCAAACACUGGAAGGGAGAGAGAGGCAGACAAAGGAGAUUCCCAGCCAGAUCGGAGAGAUAGUCGUCACGAUAUCUGAAGACGACGACGACGGUAUGGGCGAGAAAGCGGAGGUGAGCGUGAGAAACACAAAUGGAGCGGAGGUGAAAACAGAUGCAGGUGUUGGAAAGCACAGGGAACGAGAAGAGGAAAUAAUCGCUCCCUGCAGAGAGAGUUUACAGGACCUGAUCAAAAAAUACAUGCUCACGUCGAAAGAGGAGGCUGAGCUUGCAAUGUCUCACAUCCUGUCUCCAGACUACACCAGGGAGCUUGCCCUGGUCUGUUCACACACACCUUACUGCCUCUACCUGUACAGCGGGGUGGAGGUGAGGGACGGCCUCAAAGCUACCGUCCUGUUGGUGGGCUACUAUGACCAGAGUUCAGGGGCGGCUGUGUUGAAGCUGCUCGACGCCAGGCCGUCCCUUUCGACGACGAACCGGGACGCACUGGACUCCAACCGCCUGAUUCAGAUUCUGAUCCACUUCGGCCUUUCCCUGUACAACCUGUCCGUGUUCUACUGCGACUCCCCAGACCGAGGGGCGAACAGCGAGAUGGAAGCGCGCCUGCGGGCCUUCCGACCCGGUCUGGUGUCCCUCAGCAGUCUCCCGGGUCUGGCGGGGAGAGCCUGCAGCGACGGGCUGGAGGCUGCCUUCGGCACGGUGGGCGAACUCGCCGAACACAUCCACCUCCACUUCUCUAACGGCAGCCGCCCCGCCGGCGCCGCUCUGAGGGAUCUGGCGGCUUGCUCGAGGCACUACCAGCCCUCCGUCCCCGUCGCCGCCCAGUGCCUCUUCCUCAGCCACAUGGUGCGGAGGAUGACCAACGACUGGCGUGGCCUGCUGGACUACUUCGAGUCCCUGGGCCCCUCGCCCGAGGCCCGGCGGAUCCGCAUCCUGAUGAGGCGGCGGAACGUCCGGCUCGGCGCGCUCUUCCUCUGCCAAGCCCUGCAGCCCCUCUGCGCCUUCCAGGAGGCUCAGCUGUCGGGCUCGGCCGGGCUGGCCGUGCAGCUGCAGCUGAUGGCGACGCUGAGCCAGGCCUACGCGGCGCGCAUCCUGAAGAGCUCCUCCGUGGGGCCGUACCUCGAGCGGCGCGACCGGGGCAUGCUGCGCGACGCGGGCCUGCUCCUGCCCGACUUGGAGCUGAAGGUGAGCCCGCCGGUCAGCGAGUACCUGUUGGAGCUGCUCCGGUCCGAGGGCGCCCCGGACGAUGCGUCGUGGGAGACGUUUCUGUGCGACGUCGUGGCGUUCACCCAGGCGGUGUUGGAGAACAUCGGGGCGAGCUUUCCGGACGAGCUGGGGUUCGCGGCGAUGCAGAACAUGGGCUUGCUGCUCACGCCGCCGCGGCAGGGCACGGAUUUGACGAGUCGUGGCUGGCUGUUGAGGAAACUGUGUUCGCAUCUGCGCUUGUCUACCUCGCGAUCCCCAGAGUAUCACAAUCUGACCAGGGACGUGGUACAGGAGUUUGACCUUCACUCUGAUGAAGAGGAGGAUGUCAUCGGGGCACACCGGAGAGACCGAGAAGAGAGGAACUGGGGCAAGGUGCUCAUGACCAUGCAGAGGAGCUCUCUGCUGCACAGGUUGUUGCAGAUCCUUCUCGCCCUGCCGCACUCUCUCAACAGGGACAUGGUGUUUGAUCAGGUUUUCAGGAGCAGCGUGUCCGCAACGCCCAUUCCCAGACGCCAUUCCCCCGAGAAGCGUAAACACUCGGGCUCAGACGAGGAGGAGGAGGAGGAGGAGGAGGAGGAAGCAGCAGAGGCGGACGAGGAAGAAGUGUCUGAGGCGACCGACCACUCCUCUGAUAGUGGGUCGGAUAUCAGCGGGGACUCUGACAUCCCCAAUGGCCCGGGGCCGCGAACAAAUCGAAGCCAUGUGCCUGCAAGGGUAGACUCUUGUUCCAUGACAGGCUCCCCAAAUACAUCAAGCACAGUGAGUGCCUCUCCACCCAUGGUAUAUAUAAGCAUCAUGGACAGUGAUGUGGAGGAAGUGGAUAUGACGUCCAUGCUGGUGAACCAGACAAUCUCGGAAGACAUCACAAUUGAGACCGAGGCACCACCUCCUGAGGAGGACGUUGGUCCCUGGGUGGGCGGGCUGGUGUGGGGCCCCCGACCAGGCCUCUCUCUGUGGCCCGCCAUCAUCAAGGCCCGGGGCCGAGCCUCCACCGCCCCGCGGGUCUGCCUGGUCGCGUGGUACGGAGACGAGGAGCAGUACUCUGAGGUCCCUUUCCAGAGUUUGCAGCCCGGCGCUGACUUCAAGCAGUGUUACUGCGACAAGACAUUUGCCACCACGUCGAAAUACAGGACCGCAGUAUUCCGAUUUCUACAGGAGGCGGCCAGGCGCUGUGGGAAGCGGUUCUCCCCGAAGGACCCCAAGGAGCUGCUGGUGCUCAAGUUGGACUGGGCCUUUCAGUGGGCCCUCCCCUCCGGCAUACUGAUGGGCUCCAAGUCGGCAGACGCCCCAAACGAUGAAACGAAAACCAACCAGCUAAAGACGAAGAGGAGGAGACCGCCGCUGUCCAGCAGGCCGGACGAACCGUCCGCCAGCAACUCCCAAGACGCCGCGCCCACAACGCCCCGCAGGGUGAAGAAGAGGCGUUGGGGACAGGAGAAAGGGGAAGGUUCCGGAGGAGGGUCGGAGAGGAGGAACGACGGCUUGGUGGACAUACCCACCUACAAGCCGAAGACGAGCCACAAAAUCGAGGAGGCGGCCGGUGACUACGUCCAACCAGACCAGAACGACAGAGAGACCGCCAUUUGCAGCAUCAAAGAGCAGGGACUGGACAUUGAAGCCUUCUGUCUGUGCUGCGGCACCACUGACAUUGAAACCCCCCACCCCCUGUUCAGAGGAGGCCUCUGUCAAAGGUGUAAGGAUAACUUCACAGAGACUCUGUUCCACUACGAUGAGGACGGCUACCAGUCCUACUGCACCAUCUGCUGUUACGGGAUGGAGGUCAUAAUGUGCGGGAACGUCAGCUGCUGCAGGUCUUUCUGCUUGAACUGCCUGGACAUCCUGGUGGGCCCAGGCACCUUUGACUCUCUGAAGGAGACAGACCCGUGGAUCUGCUACCUGUGUCAGCCCCUGGCCGCUCACGGUGCCCUGAAGCCCAGGAAGGACUGGAGCGUCCGUGUCCAGGAGUUCUUCGCCAAUAACAGCGACAUGGAAUUCGAUCCUCAUCGUGUCUACCCGUCCAUUCCUGCGAAUCGACGGCGACCACUCCGAGUUCUGUCUCUGUUUGAUGGCAUCGGAACAGGUUAUCUAGUGCUGAAGGACCUUGGUUUCAAAGUGGACAAGUAUUUUGCUUCAGAGAUCUGCGAGGAUUCCCUGGCAGUGACGCGUAUCAACCAUGAGACCAGGAUCACGCACGUCGACGAUGUGCGGUUCAUCACUAAGGAACAGCUAACAAAAUGGGGGCCGUUUGACUUGCUGAUUGGUGGAAGUCCCUGCAAUGACCUGUCCAUUGUCAACCCGUAUAGAAAGGGUAUCUAUGAGGGCAGUGGCAGACUUUUCUUCGAGUACUACCGCAUCCUCGACCUGCUCAAACCCAGGGAAGACGACCCCAGGCCCUUCUUUUGGAUGUUUGAGAAUGUAGUGUGGAUGAACACGCACGACAAACUCAACAUCUGCCGCUUCCUGGAGUGUAACCCAGUGAUGGCGGACGCGGUGAAAGUGAGUCCGGCCCAUAGAGCGCGUUACUUCUGGGGUAACAUCCCGGGAAUGAACAGACCAAUGACUCCCUCCCAGAAGGACAAGCUGAACCUUCAGCAAUGUCUGGAGACGGGAAGAGAGGCCCGGUUUACCAAGGUGAAGACGAUCACCACCCAGCCAAACUCUCUGAAGCAGGGGAAGGUCCCUAUAUGUCCUGUCGUUGAAAAUGGCAAGGACGACAACCUCUGGAUCACAGAGAUCGAGACAAUCUUUGGCUUCCCCAAGCACUACACAGACGUUAGGAACAUGAACCGCAAGGAGCGGCAGAAGGUCCUGGGGAAGUCCUGGAGCGUGCCCGUGAUCCGGCACCUCUUCGCUCCGUUGAAGGACUACUUUGCCUGCGAGGAGAUGAACAGCUCCUCUGCCUCCUCAAGCCCCCCCGACGGCAGUCACUGAUCCAGGGAACACGGCUGCCUCUUUCUCCUUCCUACUCUCUCAUUGAGCAGAUGGAAUUGUACACUUUUCCAUGCUCAAGUUGGGCAUUGGAAGGAUUGGCCCAGAUUUGAUAAAGGUAACUGUAGUGUAGCCACCUGUUUAUUUAUGUCUGUGUACAAUAUAGAGAGGUUAAACGGCAGAAGUGGUCACUUCUACCGCGCCGCCCUACCGGACCAUGCAAUCAGUAAUAGGUGGCAACAAGCUGUGC